UAACCUGGACAGGUUCAGUCCUCGCAACUCUGGCCAAAAUGUCCACUGCCAGCACGAACAGCAGGCGGCUGCAAGGACAAGAUGGGGGAGUUUUUUUGACCGAAGGUCUGGCAUUCGUCUUGGUAUCCGUCAAUGUCACUUCAGUAGUACAAGCUCAUCACACACCGUGCAGACGUGUGGUAUCACAUCUAGUCAGAUGUCAACGCAAAUAAUACCACCAAAGCUUCCGCCCAACGAUGAGGGGUGAGUAGCAUAGAAUAUCUGGAACUCGUCGGAUUUCCAGAUAGCGCCAGAGGUUGCUC